CCUCGAUAGUGUUUCCUUUGGGGGCAGUUGCAUCGCUCUGCAGAUCUAUAGAUAGUGCAAGAAAGCUACUAUGAACCGUUCCGCGCCUAGCAUCUUCCGAUUGGCCUUUGGGCUCGCUCAAAGAGAAGGCUUGAACCACCAAGCCACACGCCUUUUUGCAGCGGCAGCAGAGCUCCGUAAAGCGGGCGCUGUGCCGGAUGGGCACCUCAAUUCGGACCUCAGCCCAACGGUGUGCCACAUCGGACUCGGGCGGCGCAGAGACCUUACGUUGCGCCAAGAUCUUCGCCUUUGGCAAAACGAUAAGCAGUUAGCUCUCGGCGACGUCUUCAAGGGCAAGAAGGUGGUUCUCGUGGGAUUUCCCGGCGGUCCAGUUUGUGUUGAACAGCACAUCCCCGGUUAUAUCGCCCAGGCGGACAAAUUAGGUAGCAUGGGCGUGGACAAAGUGCUGUGUGUGACCGUGGAUGACCCAGCCAAGGUAGCCGAGCUGGCGACCAAGCUGGGAGCCACCGGCAGCAGCAAGGUGGAGCUUUUGGCGGACCGAAAUGGGGGCCUGGUGCGGCUGCUGGGACUGGAGAUUGGCACACUUGAGAGCGCGGGUCCCAAGUGCCAGCGCUACGCCGCGGUUGUGGAGGAUGGCGUGCUGCUCAAGCUGCGUGUUGAAUCCAUGCCAGCGGAUCUCAAGGUUACCGACGCCAAGAGCAUGAUCCAGCUGUGGAAAUGUAUCUACCCUGAUGCGCAGAAUGCAUUUGAAACCUGGUCAGAAAAGGGCGACUGCCGCGACGAGGAAUCUGCAUGCCAAGACUGGGCCGAUAAGGGCGAGUGUGAAGGGAACCCCAAGUACAUGCUUACUCGAUGCCCGCUGGCUUGCAAGCAAUGUCAGGCUCCUGAGAUCAAUCCCCGGGAGUAUACCGGCGAAAUGCUAGUGCUCAACUGCUCCUUGGGCCAGCGCUUUGUCACCUACCGUGGUGUCGAACCCCGACAGCCAGUCUACAGUGCCCUGCCGCUGCCAGUUGCAACGGCGAUCCGGAUCACGCCAGAUUUUGAACGGGCCCCGCUAACGAGCUCCCUGGUCCUGGAGCUGGCGCACCACCCAGCCGCUUGCCAUACCUGUAACUUUUACCGCAACGAGGCGGUGCCUCAGGACGGUUCUUCGGGUCCCCCAUACGGACUGCUCCAGGGAAGUUUGGCGGGGUUGCUCAAGAUCCCGGAGAAGGAGGGCGGCGACAUAGCCAUGAGACGCGGCCACGUGGCCAUGAUACCCGGGACGAGAGAGUGA